UGAUUUUGGUAGAUAUUCAAUGAUAUGAGCUCCUUACACCGACUGUUAAGUUGUUUUGGCAUUUUGGAUAUUUUACACCACUUCACAGUAACUGUUGCUCUGAAAAGAACAAUUUUUAAUUGGCAAGGCAACGACUCAAAGCUCAAAUAGCGCAAAACUCACAAACUAAACAAUAAAGAACUAAUAGUACGACAAAAGGACAAUGGCAACUGAUGUCAACAAAUGAGAAGUGGCAACCUCACAUUUCUCUGCACGGCACUACCAACCGAAUCGAGACGGGGAAAUUUAAACUUCAAGUAGAAAUGUCACAUUGAAUGUAGUCAACUGUUGGUAACCAUGAUUUUUAUGAAUGACAUCACCUAUGACGUGCAUCGGAUUUUAUUUGGUAUCCACUAUACCACAAUUUUGCGGUGAUAAUGAUAACUAUGACAUAUAACAGCUGAUUCAUGAUGUCACGGAUCUUAUAACCAAACUGAUAACCACACUCGCUUGAACGGAUCGUUAAAUACUUACCAAUCCAAAAUGGUAAAUACCAUUUUCAUUUGGUUAACCGCUUGAAUUUGAUUUAUAAUUUGUAAUACUGGUUGCAGUGCUGUUAAAUGUGCCUAAAGCUUAACCUCAAUUCAACUUCUGUGUUUGUUUUGCUUUUGUGCUGAGUUUGCAAACCUUCAAACUUGGGCGCUUGGGCCAUCAAAAGUACCCAAAAUCACCCGGAAAGCUCAUUUUGUACGUGUUUAUUAUUUGUUCUUCCUUGGGCUGCUAUUAUUAUCUAAAAGAUGGGGAGAAAAGUGACUAUCGCAGCGGCUACCUUAAAUCAGUGGGCAUUAGAUUUUGAAGGAAAUCUGGACAGAAUUUUACAAUCAAUUUUGGAUGCAAAGGAAAUGGGAGCCACAUUCAGAACCGGGCCUGAGCUAGAGAUAUGUGGGUACAGUUGUGAAGAUCAUUUCUAUGAAAGUGAUACAUUUCUGCAUUCUUGGGAAGUCCUAGCAGAGCUCCUACAGGCUCCACUCUGUAAGGACAUGCUGAUAGAUAUUGGUAUGCCAGUUAUGCACAGGAAUGUUGCAUACAACUGCAGAGUCAUCUUUCUGAAUAAGAAAAUAUUGCUUAUAAGGCCCAAAAAGAUACUUUGUGAUGAUGGGAAUUAUAGAGAAACUAGGUGGUUCACAAGCUGGAAAAAGCAUAAGGAAGUAGAAGAUUUUCACUUGCCACGGAUGAUAGGAAACAUUACUGGUCAAAAGUUAGUACCUUUCGGUGAUGCUGUGAUAUCAACAGUUGAUACAUGCAUAGGAUUUGAAAUAUGUGAAGAGCUAUGGUGUGCUGAAAGUUCUCAUGUUCCACUGUCACUAGAUGGCGUUGAAAUAAUUUGUAAUGGUUCUGGUAGCCAUACAGAGCUGAGAAAAGGCUAUGUGGUCAGGGAUUUAGUAAAAACAGCAACAAUGAAAUGUGGGGGAUGUUAUGUAUUUUGUAAUUUGAGGGGCUGUGAUGGUCAAAGAGUGUAUUUUGAUGGAAUGUCAUCCAUUACUUUGAAUGGACAUGUCUUGAGCAGAGCGAGACAGUUUUCUUUGGAUGAAGUUGAAGUUGUAACAGCUACAAUUGAUCUAGAAGAUAUAAGAUCAUACAGGCAUUCAAAAAGGUCAAAUUCACUAUUGGCCUCUAGUACUAAGAGUUAUCCCAGGAUUUUGGUAGACUUUUCCUUGUCACCUGAAGUUGAUACUGUGUUACCCACAGCUCAACCAAUCGACUGGGUGUAUCUAACCCCUGAAGAAGAGAUUGCACAGGGUCCAGCCUGUUGGUUAUGGGACUACUUGAGGAGAUCUGGUCAGGGUGGAUUUUUUCUACCAUUGAGUGGAGGAGUUGAUUCCUCAAGUACUGCAUUGCUAGUAUACUCUAUGUGUACCCUUAUAAUGGAAAAUGUGCAAAGAGGUGGAGAUUCAAAAGUAUUAUCUGAUCUAAGAAGGAUAACUGGUGACCCUGAAUAUACUCCAAAAAGUGCAAGUGAGCUUUGCAACAGAUUUUUAGUGACAUGUUACAUGGGAACAGAAAAUUCUUCCAAGGAAACUAAGCAGAGGGCUGCAGCAUUGGCAGCAGCAAUUGGAAGCUACCACAUGCACAUCACAAUAGACAAAGCUAUAAGCGCCGUUCUAGAAAUCUUCAGCAGCGUCACGGGUCUUUUUCCGAAAUUCGCCGUAAACGGCGGUUGUCCGAGGCAAAACCUAGCACUGCAGAACAUCCAAGCGCGCAUGCGCAUGGUGCUGUGUUACCUUUUCGCACAAUUGAUGCUUUGGGCGCGUGACAGGCCUGGAGGUCUGUUGGUUUUGGGGUCAGCAAAUGUGGAUGAGGCACUCAGAGGGUAUAUGACGAAGUAUGAUUGUUCUAGCGCGGAUAUUAACCCUAUUGGGGGGAUAUCCAAGACGGAUUUGAGAAGAUUCCUAAACUACGCAAAAGAAAAGUUCAAAAUGUCCAUCAUAGGGGAAAUAAUUAGUGCCCCGCCAACUGCCGAGCUAGAGCCUUUAAAACAGGGCAAAUUGGCUCAAACUGAUGAGGAAGAUAUGGGAAUGACUUAUGCAGAAUUGAGCCAGUUCGGACGUUUACGAAAAAUUGAAAAUUGUGGGCCAUAUUCCAUGUACUGUAAACUAGUCCAGACUUGGUCUAGUUCGUAUACACCCAAGCAAGUAGCUGAAAAGGUUAAACAUUUCUUCAGAUGUUAUGCGAUAAAUCGCCAUAAGAUGACUGUACUCACUCCUUCUUAUCACGCAGAAUCAUACAGCCCCGACGAUAAUAGGUUUGACUUGAGACCCUUCUUGUAUAGAGCUAAUUGGUCGUGGCAGUUUAGGGCUAUUGAUAAACAGGUGGAGCACAUCACUAGCGUCAAACGCAGCGCUUCCAGUGGCUCAAUAAAAUUGAGCAAAAAGUGUGACAAUGUUACAGUACGCACAGGAGUUACAGUAUAGUUUUUAGAGUUCUUUUAAUAUUGCAGGUUGUGAAAACAAGUUAGAGUUACCACAAAUAUCAGAAAUAGUAUCAAAGCCUCACGCAAAUAAUAGGAAACCAUGUGGUGUUUUAGAUAUUGUGAACUAGCUGUAUUUCUGAAAAUAACGUGCACUGAUAUCCAUUAUAUUUUGUUGGGAAAAAUCUAAUAUCUGAAAUUUCAUACUUCCGACAUUCAAGGUGUUCAACAUAGAUAUAGGAGACUUCUGAAAAAUUUCAUUCUGAAGUCUAAAUCUUGCCUAACUUGUGAUGCUCAACUCUAACUGCCUCUAUAAGGAAUUGAGACCUUGUCUGUGAUUCUUUACACCUUAAACCAUAAUUUUCUUUUAUUUAUAUAUUUAAGAGCACGAUCGAGCUUAAUAGAUAUAAGAAACUACAGUACGAUAUUUUAAAGGAUACAGAAAUCAAACUACAUUCCGACUCAGAAUCUUCCAGAAGAUGGUUUAAAAUGUCAGAUAGUCUAAGGGCUAGAACAAAAUAGUUGUUAUCUAUAAGUAGCUUAGGAAAACUGAAGCUUUAUUUUAACUUUAUAAAGAAACAUAUGUAUUAUGUAUUGUUGUAAAUAAAUGUAUUCCAAAUUGAUGCUCAAA